AUGUCCGCCGCUCCUAAGAAGAAGGUCAACAACCUCCCUGCGCCUGCACCUCCAGCCAAAAGUUUGCUUGGCUAUCAUCGCCAGUUGUCACCCACGGCCGCAGUUAAAGUCAGUCCUCUCUGCCUCGGAGGCAUGGGAUUUGGGACGGCAUGGGAAGACAUUAUGGGUAGCUGCGAUAAAGAAGCUUCUUUUGCGCUGAUGGACUACUUUUAUACUCAAGGGGGCAACUUCAUUGAUACAGCCGGAAACUACCAAUGCGGAGAGUCAGAGGAAAUCAUCGGCGAAUGGAUGAAAGCACGAAAUAACCGAGAGGAAAUUAUCUUGGCCACCAAGUAUACGUCUGCUUGGCAGUUGCACAACCAAGACACAAAGAUUCAGUCUAACUAUGGUGGAAACAACAAGAAGUCUCUAGUGAUAUCUAUCGAAGCUAGUCUCAAAGCACUACAAACAUCCUACAUUGAUUUGUACUAUGUUCACACCUGGGACUUCACAACUAGCAUCCCAGAACUUAUGCACUCUCUGCACAAUCUCGUCGCGGCCGGAAAAAUCCUCUAUCUAGGAAUUUCUAAUACCCCAGCUUGGGUUGUCGCUAAGGCCAACGAGUACGCUCGCCAAAAGGGACUGACUCAAUUUUCUGUCUUUCAAGGACAGUGGAAUGCUGCCGAGCGAGAAAUCGAGCGCGAGAUUGUUCCUAUGUGUAUUGACGACGGCAUUGCUAUGGCGCCAUUUGGUGUCCUAGGAAUGGGUUACUUCCGCACUUCAGCCCAGCGAGAAGCUGAGAAGGAACAAGGAGCUAGAGAGGGUCGCAAUGUCCCUUUCGUCGACAAGCCCCAGAAGACUGUUAUGGCUGAUACUCUGGAGAAGCUAGCUUUGGCUCGCGGCACGUCUAUCACCAGCAUAGCCUUGGCCUGGGCUAGAACCAAGGCCCCAUAUGUCUUCCCGAUUGUGGGUGGUCGCAAAAUCGAACACCUCAAGGCCAAUAUUGAAGCACUGGGCAUAGAUCUGACUGAUGAAGAAAAGAAUGCAAUUGAGGAUGCUGUACCCUUCGACUUUGGAUAUCCUCAGACAUUUUUGGGUGGACCAAAAGGCACUCAAUAUGCGAAAGAUGCUUGGACAACGAAAAGAUUGGGACACUUUGACUGGGUAUCACCGCCGCAGGCACCUAAGCCUCAUCCUUUGUAA